GCCAGACUCGCAUAUCAGAGAAAACGACAGGAGUGGCUGGAUUCUAACUUCAAUAUUUACACACCUAUUUAUGUGUGUAAGUGUUGGCAUAAAUAAUCUGUAUUGGAUUUUAAAAGCAGAAGCUUAGAAAUCUUGCAUCGCUCGCAAUCAACUAAAGGUCAUAGAAGAUCGAUUGUUCGUAGAAGGGCUUUUCUCUCUGGAAAAGUCCCACUAGACCAUCAUCAGGCCCGUAGACCAACAGAGCAGGAAGGAUGGAUCCUUUGCUGUAUCUUGGUGGACUGGUAGUCCUCUUUCUGUUGUGGAUCAAGGUGAAAGGCUUAGACUACGUGAUCGUUCAUCAGAGAUGGAUUUUCGUUUGUCUGUUUCUGCUGCCGCUCUCAGUCAUAUUUGAUGUAUAUUAUUACCUGCGCGCGUGGCUCAUCUUCAAGAUGUGUUCCGCUCCUAAACAGCACGACCAGCGCGUGCGGGACAUCCAGAGACAAGUAAGGGCACGCGGCUGAAUAUCAAUUAUGCAUGCACUCCUAUGAUUAUACUGUAUUCAAAUAAGUAGUUAACAUUAAAGGUCACGAACAGUCAUUCUGAUUCCCAUGUAAAAUAGCAUCUUGAGUGACUAAAGUAUCACCCAUAAUAUUUGUUUUGGAUAGAAAUGGUAAAACUUUUAGAAAAAUUACUUUUUCUUUCAUGGCUAAAGACCAGGAAGUUUGAAAAGACAGGGUGAGUGGGCAGGGAGUUUAUAUUCAUGAGCUUGCCUUGACUGACAGCUCUAAAACGCCUAUGUCAAGCAACUUGGAUGCAGUGAGCAGUGUUGCAGUAGUCAUCAAGCACAUUUGGUGAUACACAAAGCAACUCAAAUUCAAUCAAAAUGAUGUCAGCUUUUUUUCAUACAUCUCCCAUUUGGCAUGUCUCUUGUUAUGUGGGGCGGCAGGUAGCUUAGUGGGUAAGAGCGUUGUGCCAGUAACCGAAAGGUCGCUGGUUCUAAUCCCCGAGCCGACUAGGUGAAAAAUCUGUCGAUGUGCCCUUAAGCAAGGCACUUAACCCUAAUUGCUCCUGUAAGUCGCUCUGGAUAAGAGCGUCUGCUAAAUGACGUAAAUGUAAAUGUAAAUGUAAUGUGGUUCACAGCAACACUGAUGUAUGUGUGGACUUGACAACUGAGUCUGAGUUUUGAACGACCCUCUCCCCUUUUGUUCCAUGCUGGCUGAAGCCCUAGCUAGCCAGUAACUAGCUAACACCAGACACAGAUGAAAGGGGAAACAUAUAAGUAUCUUUGCCAUAGAUGAAUAGGGGAAACUUUUAAUUAUAUUUGCUAACACCCUACAGUAAAAUGUUGGCACCAGUAGAGUAGCUAUCUAGCUAUAUAAACCACGCCCCUCUGCAGACGGAAGACAAGAAGCAACCACCUGUGCUAAUUAGUUGUCUAGCAUGUGUGUAAGCGUAACUCAGGAAGUGUAGCAGAAGUGUAGUUUCAUCGGAUGGAAACACCCAUAGCUGAAUGGAUCUGUGCAAACACUAGCUGUAGUAGUUAUCUUUUUCAUUUGAAGUAUUUUUUUUCGCUGAUGAAAGAUAAGGGCCAUAUGACUCGAAAGCCGUAUCGCAAGCAAAAAUGCGUAGGCCUACUGUCUUAAUAAAACGCAAUGCAUCACCAUUUCCGGAUGUUGCACACCGCGUUCAGACAAUCAGGUUGCAGCAGUCUGUUGUUUACCGCUGGCUGAACGCCGUGCAGCAACAUCAGGAAGUAGCAUUAGCCACUCUAGCAUGGUGGUGGAAAAUGUUGUUUUAUUAAGACCGUACGCAUAUUUUCCCAGUUCUUCUAGGUCGGUGGGCCAUUAAAUCGAGUUAAGGAGGAAACCGACGCCUUUGCAGCCUGAAUGAAGGAUGUUUUAUUUACGAGCCGGUCACAGGUGGACACAAUUGUAUAUCCGGCUGGGCACAUUGAAGUCAAACGCAGAUUAAACAACAUAGAAGGAAUAAUAGAGCCAGAUAGUGCCAUCUGGUGGCCGGUUGGGCCGCUACCCUACAUGCAAAGGCCCAUUGGUUGAUAACGUGCAGUGAUAUUACAGUCUAAAUUCUAAAUCUAGCAUGUUAUGUUAUCUGGACCUUCACACAGGUUCCCGAUAAUAUCCCCAGAUGUGUGUGUGUGUGCCUAAACACAGAUCUCUGAUAACACCAGAUGAUAACAGAUCAAAUGAUAAAACAGUUUGUGUGUGUGUGUGUGUGUGUGUGUGUGUGUGUGUGUGUGUGUGUGUGUGUGUGUGUGUGUGUGUGUGUGUGUGUGGUGUGUGUGUGUAUGACUGUGCUGUGAAAUUCCUGGGGUGAGGGACUUUAAUCCCUCUCUUCCUAAAGAGAAUUUGGAAAUGGAAGAGAGAGAACAAAUUGUGCAGGGUUCACUGCGUAGGUCUCGGAAUGUGUGUCAGUGUGUGUGUGUAUUCUGGGAGCUCAGCAUUUCAGCAUGGUAUCAGAUACCGUAUUUCACUUGUGUCUGUUCAAAGUAGAAAUUCUUGCUUCCAUGUGUAAUGUUCUGUAGGGAUUAAUUUACCGUGAACAGCAGGAGUAGGGCUUUAACGAGUGUUAACAAGUGCAUUACCUAUCUAUCUUCUAUGCCAGACCUUUAGGCAGAGGCCAUAGCGUUUAGAGUGGUUCGAGGGGCAAGCCAGCAACCGGAGGGUUGCCAGUUCGAAUCCUGGGUCUGAUGGGAAAAAAUCUGUCGGGAAGUGAGCUGGCAUCCGGAGGGUUGCUGGUACCAAAUCCUAGACGCCAUUGCCUGCCGUUGUGCCCUUGAGCAAGGUACUUAACCCCCCACAACAACAGCUCCCGGACCCCAGUGUGGCAGCCCCCCCUCACCUCUCCAAAACCUGUGUGUGUGUCUUUCGAAGGGUUGGGUUAAAAGCGAAAGUCAAAUUUAGGUUGGACCUUGUGUGCAAUUGACCAAUAAUUUGAUCUUAAUCUUAAUCUACAGUAUGAUACUGUGUGUGUGUGUUGCAGGUGCGUGAAUGGAGGAAGGAGGGGGGGAAGACCCACAUGUGUACAGGUCGUCCAGGCUGGCUGACUGUCUCUCUCAGAGUGGGGAAAUACAAGAAGACCAAUAAGAACAUAAUGAUCAACAUGAUGGACAUACUGGAGGUGGACACACAGAGACAGGUAGGAGAUCACACACACACUGUAGCUCUGUAUGUAAAAGUAUGUGUGUGUGUAAACCCGUAUGACCUGGACAUGUAUAUGUAUAACAGGUGGUUCGUGUGGAGCCCCUGGUCAACAUGGGCCAGAUAACAGCUCUCCUCAACUCCCUUGGCUGGACUCUGCCUGUGCUGCCAGAACUGGACGACCUCACUGUCGGUACGCUACGCAUCUCGUUACCAUAUCAUCUGCAUAUCAUCAGCAUAUAUUGUUGUAUAUGGCUCAGGUUAUAUUGUAUGGUGGUAUAUGUUAUUGUAUAUGAUUUGGGGUUAUAAUGUAGUAUAUAUUGUUGAAUGGCUAUGUUAUAUGGUAUAUAUUAGAGCUGUGACGAUAAACCAAAAAUUAUCGCCACUGACCAUAACACUUAUCGCAGGUAUUUUGCUGAUAUCGUUCAUUACUAUAAGUGGCCUAUACUAGAAACAUUUGAAAUGUGAAAUGAAAUACGUUUGCUAAUAUGGGUGAUUGUUGUAGCCACUGAUUGAACUGGACUUAACAAGUGACAUCAAUAAGGGAUCAUAGCUUUCACCAGGAUUCACCUGGUCAGUCUAUGUCAUGGAAAGAGCAGGUGUUCUUAAUGUUUUGUACACUCAGUGUACAUACUAGAGCUGGGUGAUAUGGACAUAAAUCCAUAUUGUGAUAAAUUGCCUAUAUUGAUGCGAUAACAAUAAACAGAACAAUAAUUUUAUAACAAUGUGCACCACAGUUUUUUUUAUUACCCUUUAAACUACUACUACUAGUUGAUUUUUAAUGGGACAGUUUUUUUUAUUACCCUUUAAACUACUACUACUAGUUGAUUUUUAAUGGGACAGUUUUUUUUAUUACCCUUUAAACUACUACUACUAGUUGAUUUUUAAUGUCCCAUUAAAAAUCAACUAGUAGUAGUAGUUUAAAGGGUAAUAAAAAAAACUGUCCCAUUAAAAAUCAACUAGUAGUAGUAGUUUAAAGGGUAAUAAAAAAAACUGUGGUGCACAUUGUUAUAAAAUUAUUGUUCUGUUUAUUGUUAUCGCAUCAAUAUAGGCAAUUUAUCACAAUAUGGAUUUAUGUCCAUAUCACCCAGCUCUAGUAUGUACACUGAGUGUACAAAACAUUAAGAACACCUGCUCUUUCCAUGACAUAGACUGACCAGGUGAAUCCUGGUGAAAGCUAUGAUCCCUUAUUGAUGUCACUUGUUAAGUCCAGUUCAAUCAGUGUAGAUGAAGGGUAGGAGACCGGUUAAAGAAGGAUUUUAAAGGCUUGAGACAAUUGAGACAUGGAUUGUGAAUGUGUGUCAUUCAGAGGGUGAAUGGGCAAGACAAAAUAUUGAAUUGCUUUUGAACGGGGUAUGGUAGUAGGUGCCAGGUGCACCGGUUUGUGUCAAGAACUGCACCGCUGCUGACUAUUUCACACUCAAGUUUCCCGUGUGUAUCAAGAAUGGUCCACCACCUAAAUGGCAUCCAGCCAACUUGAAACACAAUCCAAAUCUAUGCUGAUUUGAAGUGGAUUUAACAAGUGACAUCAAUAAGGGAUCAUAGCUUUCACCUGGUCAGUCUAUGUCAUGGAAAGAGAAUGCCCAGAGUGUGCAAAGCUGUCAUCAAGGCAAAGGGUGGCUAUUUGAAUAAUCUCAAAUAUAACAUAUAUUUUGAUUUGUUUAACACAUUUUUGGUUACUACAUUAUUCCAUAUGUGUUAUUAUAUAGUUUUGAUGUCUUCACUAUUAUUCUACAAUGUAAAAAAUAGUAAAAAUAAAGAUAAACCCUUGAAUGAGUAGGUGUUCUAAAACUUUUGACCGGUAGUGUAGUAAACAACCAAAAACACAUAUGUGUCGUGACGUGACUUUCAUUAUUGUGAUGACUAUAAUGUAUUGAAUAAUUAAUUACCUACUAUGUUAAAUUGUUACUAGAUUAAAUGUAUCAUGUAACAAUUAACUCAUUAGGAAUUUGGGGCACCACAGGAAAAGUUGUUUAACGAGUUACCGUUUCCCGAAUUAACUCUAAAGAUAUCUAGAUAUCUCUUAUCAUUAAACAGUCAUUUAUUAAUCUGUUACCUCAUAUCAGUCUCAUUCUGAAAGUCGUAGACUCUUUAAGUCUGCACGAACCCGGGUCUUACUGAUCACUCCGUACCACCCAAAUUGAUUUAAUUAAUUAUUUAUUUACUAACUAAUUAAAAUGAUAACACAAGAUACAAACACGUACACGGUAUAGGUAGGGAUUAGAAACUUAAUACAAUGAAAACGGGUCCCAAGAGGACUAACACAAUAUUACACUUAUUACAAAAGAUGGAGAGAGAGAGAGAGAGAGAGAGAGAGAGAGAGAGAAAACACUUGGAUACACAUGGACCUAUGCUCACAGUAACCCUAAUACUUUGCCCCGAACUGCCGCCCGUUUGGUAAGAAGUAAUGCAUGUAUUUACGUGUUUGAGGUCUUCGUCGUGUAUCUCUGUUGGACCCAGGCCUUCGUGGGAAGGGGUCGAUUGGGCCUUCUUUUUCGGAUGGCCUUUUAGAUGUAAUGCUCUGAUUGUCCACGAGGUCACAAUGUCCUUCUUCUUAGUUGUCUGUUUACUGUCACUCGUUCUGGAAAUGGUCUUCUGAGGACGGCUAAUCAGCCGUGUCGAUGAUGCCCUGUGGGGUGAUGAGAGCAGUGUAGUAGACGAUGGUUUGAAGAGAGUAACAGGAUGGUCCCACUUAAAUUCACCUUCUUAGAUACAGUACUUAGAACAGCUACUUAGCCGUAACAUUGAUUGUUAGUGGAGGCAACUUUGUCGUCUUCACCUCGUUGAUUUUCAGGGUUGGGACCAAUAUGGACCUCGCUGCAGCUUGAGGUCCGUCUAGUCUGAUCUGAUAAUUCUUAACUCAAUCUUUUAUGCACUCUGAGGGUGCAUAGAGGGUCGUUUCCGUCAUACUGACACGCUCUCUGAGCUCCCUCGGGCGUGGCUAGUUACGAGGCAAAAGUAUUAUCAUCACUAUGAUUUUGUUAGAAAGCUAAAAUCACAUUCCUAUCUUCACGAAAACAUUGUCUUCCUCCUUGAUAUUUUCUACACAAGGUAAAGGAUGUAAACCUGAUAUCCACAGUGUAAAAGCUCUUCAAGUCACAAUGUUUUCGUUAUAACGCCUUGAUACCAUUUUGUAUUACAUCACAAAAUAGACAUACAUUUUCCAUAUUCCAUUUCUCAUCAUUCCCAACAUUUGGAUGUUGAAAUAUAUUGUCCCAAUGUUCAUUGUUGUAUGUUGAAUUUUUUGGGCUGCAAAAAGUAUCUGAAACAAAGGCAUUCCUUUCACAUACUAGAGGGUCAGAGAUAGAUUCUCCUUCUCUCUAAUUUAUGGCAGUGUUAAGGUGUCAAGACCGGCACAGCCAUCCACCCCCGUCCCGUGUGAGGCCUUUGGUCCUCACCCAAGGAGAGUCAUGACAUAUCUAAAUUUAGCUUUCUUAAUCAACCAGAAAAUCAGUAGUUAUUUCUGGUUGUUUAUCAAAGUUAGCUGGCUAACUCAUCGUUUCCAUGGCAUUUCAUCCAUCAGGGUUGUUUAUUUCCUGUUGGGAUAACCAUCACACUCUCUUAUUGGAUUAGAGGACAGAUGGUUUAUAGAUGGUAGAGUUCCGAGUUGAAACUCAGAAGAAAUGGUUUCGGAGUGCACAGCGCCCCUGGAUCAGAUUUCAAAAUGGUUUUCCGGAUCCAUGAACGUUAGAUCAACAGUUUAAUGUUUUCCCAUCAGCACGCUGUAGAUUAAUCUGGAUUUCCACAGAGACUCUUUCACACACUCACACUCACUCACUCACUCACUCACACACACACACAACCGAGGAACUGUUUGAGUGUUUACCCUACUCUCUGCUUUUUCACCUGUGUCCUCACUUUCGUCAGUGUUGUUUUUGUUGUCAUGUGUGUCUGUGUGUCCUUUGCUGUUGUAUUUCUUUUUUUAUUCAAUUAAUCGGCAGAAUAAACAGCAUUAGACAAAUGACAAAUACCUUGUCAGUGCACGUCCAUAUCACAUGAUAAUCAUUACAUGCUUAUCAGUAACAUAAGGUGCAUUCAUAAUACAUGUAAGCAACAAUGAUUGCAAUGCUAAUUGAUCCCACCAUUACAAGUAAAACAAAAAAUAGAAUGAAUUAGAAUAUAAACCCAAAAUUCAACCUACCCCAUCCCACCCGAGUGACCCUUUUGAUUUAACUCCUCAUAGCAAGAGAUCUUACACUUUCAGCUGCAUUUGACCACAUUAAUAAGGUUCUUUCAUUGUCACCUUGAGAAUGAGCAGUGGACAAUUCCAAAAUAACAAUAUCUAAAAACUAGAAGAGCCAUGCCAGUGUAUGUGGGGGCUUCCAUCUUAAGGCAAGCUACUGUUGUAUCUUGACUGUUCCUGAGCGUUAGUAUUCCCCCAUUGUCUUUUGUUUACUAAAUAAUCAAUCCCUCACCUUCUCUCUCUCUCUCCAGGAGGUCUGGUGAUGGGUACAGGUAUUGAGUCGUCCUCUCAUAUCUACGGACUCUUCCAGCACAUCUGUGUUGCCUUUGAGCUGGUGCUGGCUGAUGGCAGCCUGGUUCACUGUACUGAGGUGAGCAGAGCUCUCUUUACUGUUUGACUCUUUGAGAGAACCUUAUAGUCGGAGAAGAGUAAUACCACAGACCUCCAGUUCUAUAACUAGGAGUAAUACCACAGACCUCCAGUUCUAUAACUAGGAGUAAUACCACAGACCUCCAGUUCUAUAACUAGGAGUAAUACCACAGACCUCCAGUUCUAUAACUAGGAGUAAUACCACAGACCUCCAGUUCUAUAACUAGGAGUAAUACCACAGACCUCCAGUUCUAUAACUAGGAGUAAUACCACAGACCUCCAGUUCUAUAACUAGGAGUAAUACCACAGACCUCCAGUUCUAUAACUAAGAGUAGUGCUACAGACCUCCAGUCCAUUAGUAAACACCAGCCAACACCAACCUACAGCUAAUCUGGAAACAAAGGUUCCACAGUACAACUAGAGAGAGAGAGAGAAGGAGGAUUGUUUCUGCACUCUGCUAUGUGGCUCUCUUACAGGAGGGGAACUGUUGUUUUGUGUGUGUUCCCUAACAGGAGGAGAACUCUGACCUGUUCCACGCGGUUCCUUGGUCCUGUGGUACUCUGGGGUUCCUGGUUGCUGCAGAAAUAAAGAUUGUCCCUGCGAGGUUGUGGGUUCGUUUGCAGUAUGAGCCAAUCAGAGGGCUGGAGAACAUCUGCCGUCGGUUCAGUGAGGCGUCUGAGGACAAGAGUAACACAUUUGUAGAAGGACUGCAGUACUCUCUGGAUGAAGCUGUUAUCAUGACUGGCACUAUGACUGACACCGCUGAACCCAACAAGGUGAGAGAGGGAAAGCGAGAAAUAGAGGAUGACCGGGUACACUGAGAAGGACAAGAGAGGAGGAGAGUGCUGUCUGUCAGCAAGAUCUAACCAUAACCCUCCACUGUGUGUAUGUGUGUGUUUCAGAUCAACCGGAUCGGCCUGCACUAUAAGCCGUGGUUCUUCAAGCACGUUGAGAGAUAUCUGACAGAGAACAAGAAAGCAGUAGAGUACAUCCCUCUACGCCACUACUACCACAGACAUACACGAUCCAUUUUCUGGGAGCUCCAGGUACACACACACACACACACACACACACACACACACACACACACACACACACACACACACACACACACACACACACAGUGCAUUAGACAGAUGAUACAAAGUGACCCUUUUAUCCUGCAGAUUUCAGCAUGUCAUCAUCUUCUCCCCCAGCACAUGCAUUAGCCUCCCUAAUGCACACACACACACACACACACACACACACACACACACUGCCAUUAGGAAACCGUGUGGUUUGCUGGUAAUUGUUUCUUUCCAAACCUUAAAUGAUGUUAUAAAUAAUGUAGUUGUUGUUGGGGAAGGAGGAGAGGAGGGGUAAGGAGGCAGUUUUACAGCUUCCUGCUAUUCUAUCCUUAUUGAGGGUUGUGUUCAGUAGGGCGUACAUUACAAUAGCUAAACGUUCUGAAAUGGAAAACAAAAAUGUGUUUCAAACGUUUUCUACGUACUGGACACCACUGCACUGCUGGAAAGCUGAUUCCUGUCAACAUGAAUGUGUGUGUGUCUCCAGGACAUCAUCCCGUUUGGUAACCACCCAGUGUUCCGGUGGUUGUUUGGCUGGAUGGUUCCUCCUAAGAUCUCUCUGUUGAAGCUGACACAGGGCGAGACCAUCAGACAGCUGUAUGAGCAGCACCAUGUUGUCCAGGACAUGCUGGUCCCCAUGAAACACAUCCAGACCGCUAUCGCACGCUUCCACCAGGACAUCCAUGUAAGACACACACAUUGCAUGCUUCCACAGCGUCACAUAUACCCUAAUAAAUUAGACAAACUCAAGUGUGACUGAGUUGGUAGAUCUCGUUUUAAGGGUGUGACUGAGUUGGUACAGUAUGUCUCGUUGUAGAGGUGUGACUGAGUUGGUAUGUCUCGUUGUAGGGGUGUGACUGAGUUGGUAUGUCUCGUUGUAGGGGUGUGACAGAGUUGGUAUGUCUUGUUUUAAGGGUGUGACCGAGUUGGUAUGUCCCUCCCUGCAGGUGUACCCUCUGUGGUUGUGUCCGUUCGUGCUCCCCCCGGGCCGGGGGAUGGUUCAUCCUAAAGGUGAGGAGGCAGAGCUGUAUGUGGACAUCGGUGCGUAUGGAGAACCCAGAGUUAAACACUUCCAGGCUAAAGCCUCAUGUAGACAGCUGGAGCAGUUUGUCAGAGAGGUGCACGGGUGAGUUUCUGUACACACACAAACAUACCAACCUUUACACACACGCACCCCAACAGGCUAUAGAGGGUGCGGAGUUAGGGUUCAGAUUGUGCUGACGUGUGUGUGUGUGUGUCUCCAGGUUCCAGAUGCUGUAUGCUGAUGUAUACAUGGAGCGCAGUGAGUUCUGGGAGAUGUUUGAUGGAACGUUGUAUCACCGUCUGAGGAAGGAGCUUGGCUGUCAGGACGCUUUCCCCGAGGUCUACGACAAGAUCUGCAAAGCUGCACGACACUGACUACUAACCUCUGAUCCUUUCAACUCUGCCAUCCCACCAGCAACAAUAUGAAGAUGAGAGCCUUUGAGUGUUUGCACCGUGUUCUCAGCCUGUUUGUAUUGUAAAGCCCACUGAAUGUGAAUGUGCUGAUGAAACACAAACAGCCCUAACACCUGUCUGUUUUUAUGUCUAACCUCUGACCCCUAACCCCAACACCAGCCUGCCCUGACCUCUAGCUCCUAACCCUAGGAGAGACUUGUGCUGUCAUUGUUUAUUUUACCAUUCCUUAAUUUGACUAUCAAGGGGUAUAUUUCCUUAGUUCAAAUGACUGGACAUCUUACAGACUAUGGCUUUAAUGAUGUAAUGCCCUCUGCCUGUUAUACAACACAUAUCCAGUCUGCUAUUCUGUCUAUCAUGUGUUUAGAAUCUAUCCUGACAUUUAGAGCAUGUUUCUUUGUGUCCACUGUGAUCACAUCACUCCGCCUUAAACUCAUCUGAUGAUUAUUGGUGCGCACAUCAUCUGUAGAGUGUUCAAACAAUCACAUUUUCCUCUGGCUUGUGGAAGAACAGUCACCUGUUCUCAGUCAGUCCGUGUGUGUGUGUGUUCUGGCAGAGAGAAAGGACGUCAAUGCCUUUGUCCACAUAAAUGUUUUUGUUGAUGUAUGAUAAUAAAGUUUGAUUUGUCA